AACAGCGAUCUGCAUUGGCAGUUUCGCACAUGCUCCGUGUGGUCCUGUGAAUCCUCACUUGCCCAUUGAGAUCUCCCCGGGUCUAAAGCGCCCUUCCAAAGCUGCCGAAGCUUCCUGACCUGCAGCGCUGCCCUGGCCCCGAUCCAAAGCAAGCACCCUAGCAGCGCUGUUUGUGAAGGCUUGGGCUGUUUUGUCCCUCUGUUUGGGGUUGGAGGGUAUGUAAUACACACGAGAGAGGAUGCUGAAUGGGGCUGUGACAGUGACCCCCACCUCACAGGUGUCCCUACGGGAAGGCUGUCUCCCCUUGUCCGUCAGUGGCCUUCACAGCAACCUGCAGAUGGUAAACGAUGAGACAGGCUAACAUGGAUUUCAACGCCUCUUCUGUGUUUGAUCAGCAAAAAGAUGACUCAUCGGAAGAAGUUGACCUGGCCAUGGUUUACCACGCAGCGUCGAACGGGGAUGUCGGUGCACUGACUGCCGUGAUUCGAGAAGACCCCUCCAUCCUGGAAUGCUGCGACAGUGAAGGAUGUACACCCUUGAUGCACGCAGUUUCUGGACGCCAAGUGGACACCGUGAAGCUCCUAUUAAAGAUGGGCGCCAACAUUAACACCCAGGAUGCAUGUGGCCGCACAAGUUUAUGCCUGGCAACCUACCUGGGCUGGCUCGAAGGCUGUGUGAGCCUGCUCAGAAACGGCGCCAAGCACAAUAUCCCGGACAAAAACGGUCGUCUGCCACUGCAUGCUGCCACUGCAGAGCCGGAUGUGAGGCUCCUCACGGUCCUGCUGCAGCAAUCCAACCUGGGCGAGGUGAACCACCAGGACGCCGAGGGAAUGACGCCGCUGCACUGGGCAGCAUUCCACAACCGGCCUCAACACACCCAGAUGCUGCUGAAGAAAGGGGCAGACCCUACCCUCGUGGACAAGGACUUUAAAACAGCUCUCCACUGGGCAGUGCAAAGUGGCAACAGAAUGCUGUGUUCCAUCAUCCUGAGCCACCAUCAGGGCCCAUCCAUAAUCAACCAGGACGAUGAGAGCGGGAAGACGUGUGUUCACGUCGCAGCAGCCGCAGGGUUCGGUGACAUCAUCAACGAACUGGCGAAGGUCCCCGAGUGUAACCUGCAGGCUCUGGAUGUGGAUGACAGGACACCCCUGCACUGGGCUGCAGCCGCAGGAAAGGCAGAAUGUGUCCAGUCCCUGCUGGAACUGGGCAUGGACAGCAACCUGCGGGACAUCAACGAGAGCACGCCGCUGGCCUAUGCCCUGUACUGCGGUCACACAGCCUGCGUCAAGCUCCUCUCCCAAGAGAGCAGAGCAGAGCCCACUGGAUCCUUUCCUUCCCAAACCAGUCGACUGCCAAAGAAGGAAGGGAGGUUCAACAUGCUCAACCAAAUCCUCUGUAAAAACAAGAGAGAAGAGCAGAAAGCCCAUCCGAAGGAUCACGACAGGGACAAAGCCAGUGCGGAGGAUGCCUCGGAAGUUGAUGACAUCAUCACCACCCUUGACAGCAUCGUGGAUACCAAAUGCCAAGAACAGCCUGGUAACCAGGUGACUGUGGUUGGCUUUAAGAAGAGGACCUCCGAGAAUUCAAAGUAUCUCUUGCCAGAAAAGAAACCCUUGGCUCGGAAAGGGCUUCCGCCAAUCAGAACCCAGAGCCUCCCACCCAUCACCCUAGGCAAUAACUUCCUGACGGCCUCCCAUGGGACCACUUCCCACGCCAGCUUGAGCCCUAACACUCAACAUACUGCCCAGCGAUCGCAGAAAAGUCGAAGUGAACAGGAUCUGUUAAAUAACAGGACUGGCUAUCAAAUGUCACUAGAUAAUCCCUGGAAGGGUGACGCUAGUCAGGUGUUCUCCUGCAAAGCUUGGACUGUGUCUUCUUCUGAAAAGCUGCUGGACAGGCUGCUCCCUGGCCGGCCUGGUCACCAAGAGCUCUCGGGGCCACCACAUCUUCCUCAUCUACACAACCCCUCACCAGGACAAAAUCUUCAGCAUCUCUCCCCAAACAGACCCAAAAUCAAGGAUCUUCCUUUUGCUCGGAACAGCCUUGCUCCCCUGCCAGACCAGAAAUUUCUUUCUGGAGAACCUCUAAGGACGAACCGAGUGCUUCCUGCUAUUCCAAGUCAACGAGGACAUGGCCCGCCAGCUGAUGAGAGUGAACACCCUGCCAAUCCCACCCGUGAUGAAAACUAAGCGUGGGUCUGUCCCUGUGGAACGCUAGAUGUCAUAUAUGUUCACCUCUUAAAAGGGCAAGAGAACUCUAGUUUGUAAGAUUAAUUUAGUAAGCUGCAUUCUAUAAGCCAUUCACAGUUUUAUACCCUGAUUCCUUAUUCCAAAUAAAGUUGCUUCAUAAAUUAUCACUUAGAAUCAUUGAGUGUGCAUACGCGAUUCAAGCUGUGAGUGUCUGUGACCCCCACAUAUCAUAAUUUCAACACAAAAUAAUAGGGGGCUUAGGUAUGUUUGGCUUGUAGCAUGUUUCCUGUUUUGUGUAUUUAUUUGCUUGUUGAUUGAUUUUAUAUUUUUAAUGCAUGCUUUCCUGAAGGGGGGAAAAAAAAAAACAAGUCAGGUACAUCCCAGACUUGUUUUAUUGUAAUUUAUUGUAAUUCUACCUUGG